AAUACCGUUGCCAUUAAACAUUUGAAAAAGACGGCAACUACUUAAAGCAGAUAGUCAGUCGUGGCAUCAUCUCAGCCGUUCAAAAGAAAGGAGCCGUUCGACUUUUAACGUCACGGUUUGAAACUUUCUCCUCCGCCCUGCCCUCUCUUUUAUUUUGAAUUUCUAUUACCGUUUCUAUUUUUACUCUCUCUCUCUCUUAAAACACACACUAAUUCUCGCUCAAAAAAACACACUCGCAUUUGCAGAUCGUUGAUUUUUGUUCGUGUGAAAUAUAGCAUACAGAGAGGAAAUAAAUUGCAUUAGGAUCUGCAAAUGAGCGUUGAAUUGAUCGGGUGGGAUUUGAGUGUUUCAUUUGUUGGAUUGGAAUUCGUCAAGCUGAGUUCGGGCAGCAUAUAAUGAUUUGGAGAAGACAUUCAGGAGAAAAUUGCCAACGUGUGGGAAUUGGCAUAUGCAGAUUUGCCUGUUUUUCAAGUAGAUAUGGAAAGUGAUAGGAUCAGAAACACGUUUGCAGAUGGCGCUGGAGAUGGUGUACAUAGGGCUCGGCCUUCACAUGGGAGGACAAGUGGCCCCACGAGGCGUUCCACAAAGGGACAGUGGACUGCAGAGGAGGAUGAGAUAUUACGAAUGGCUGUUCAACGCUUCAAUGGGAAAAACUGGAAAAAGAUAGCGGAGUGUUUCAAAGACCGAACAGAUGUACAGUGCUUACACAGGUGGCAGAAGGUUCUUAAUCCAGAGCUUGUUAAAGGCCCAUGGUCAAAAGAGGAAGAUGAAAUGAUAAUUGAAUUGGUGAAAACAUAUGGGCCAAAAAAGUGGUCUACCAUUGCACAACAUCUUCAUGGACGUAUCGGAAAGCAAUGUCGGGAAAGGUGGUACAAUCAUCUUAAUCCUGGCAUAAACAAGGAAGCUUGGACACAAGAUGAGGAAUUGGCUUUGAUUCGUGCUCAUCAAAUUCAUGGAAACAAGUGGGCAGAGUUAACGAAGUACUUGCCUGGGAGAACCGACAAUGCAAUAAAAAAUCAUUGGAAUUCUUCUGUCAAGAAGAAAUUGGACAUGUAUUUGGCUUCAGGGUUACUUUCACAAUUUCAAGGUCUACCCCUAGUUAUCCAUUCAAAUCACUCGGCAGCAUCUUCUACUUCAAAAGCACAACAAAGCAGUGAAGAUGAUAGAGAUAGAGCAGAAAUUGAGGAAGCUUCUGAGUGCAGUCAAUGUUCAAAUGUUGCCGGUAUAUCCCAAUCUACAAACGAUGCAACUAACCGAAGUAAACAGCCCAGACGAGAUUACAAACGAACUGAAGAAUCAUGUUUAAUCCCGUCUUCUGAAGAUUAUUAUCGAGCAUCUCAAGAAGUCACAUAUGCUGUACCAGAUUUACCUUGUGAACUAGGGGACAAGUUUCUUGAAAAUGAUUUAAUUCUAGAUUGGGGGGCCUUUGUGGGGAAAGAUUGGCAACAAAACACAAAUUCUAUGCUGGAUCUCGGCCGAGAAUCAUCUGGACUAUUCAUGCCAUCUUUAACUGGCAGGGAUAACCAUGAUAAUGUACCCUUUCCGACAGAGACUUACAUGGAACUAGGUGCUUCUACUUCCAUGGGAAACAUGGUUGUGGGAUCUGAUAUCUCUAAUCAAAUAGCUCAUGCGGACGGUAAUACAGUAUAUCCUGAGGAUGGCCGUGAUGGAUUCCCCUGUGAAAAUGUUACUAGCGACAUUGAUGGACCAACAGGUUCAUUUCACGACUUUUCAAAUUAUCAGAUGCCUUUUGUGCCUUCUGAUAUGCCGGGAACUUCAUUCGCUCAACCUUGCCCAAUUUCUUCGCAACUUCCCCCCGAUGGUUCACAGAUAUUCAGCAUGAAUCCAGACCAGUUUAACUAUUCUGCACAUGGGACUACUGAGCAGGACUCCAUGUCACAGCGUAUGAAUGACUGCUUUGUCUAUGUUGAAUCUGAUUGCUCUCCUUGCGAGGACAAGUCCAUCGAGGCAACGAGGUCGCCAAGACUAGUUCCAGCUAAUGAUUUUGUUUUGGGACCAGUUAGUGAUGCUCAAUGUUGUUCUUCGGGGGACAAAGAUCCAGUGGAAUCAGAUGAACAGAAGGACUCCGGAGCUUUAUUCUAUGAGCCUCCUCGUUUCCCGAGCUUAGAUGUACCGUUUUUUAGUUGUGAUCUAAUACAACCUGGUGGUGAUGUGCAUCAAGAGUACAGCCCACUUGGCAUCCGCCAACUGAUGAUAUCUUCCAUGAAUCCAUAUAAACUAUGGGAUUUACCAUCUAGAGAUAAUAGCCCUGUAGCUGUACUAAAAAGUGCUGCCAAAAGUUUUACAGGCACACCAUCUAUACUGAAGAAAAGGCACCGUGAUUUGAUGUCUCCUUUAUCAGAUAAGAGGGUUGAAAAGAAGUUUGAAGGUAGUUUUAAGACAGAGUCAUUAGCUAACCUGACCAACGAUUUGUCCAGGUUAGAGGUUAUGUUCAAUGAAUGUAUGGACGAGAAAGGAGAAGGAAACUUUGAAGCACCUUCUGCAGAAAAAGAAAAUGUGGCCCCUCCUUGUGAACAAGCAAAGAAUGAGGGCAAUGAACGCAUUCUCCUUUCAGAAAGCAGAAUAUCACAGAAAGAAUCUAAUAUCUGCGAGAAUUCAGAAAAUUUAACAGAAAAAACUGCCGUGGCAGAAGUCAAACCCGAAUCUGUGGCUAAAGAUGCAACCAAUACGGCAAAAGAAUUUUCUGGGAUACUCGUCGAACAUGAUAUGAAUGAUGUAUUAUUCUUUUCUCCUGACCGCUUUGGAAUUAAGGGUGAUAGAUACGCCAGAAAACUUGAUGCUCUAUCAAAACACGGAGCAUUUUUAUCUUCGGCGGAGACUUCACGUUUUUCUAGUCAUUGCUCUCCUCGAUUCUGUACCAAGGAUGGCCUGCAAUCCUCGAGUCCUUCAGGGAAGAAAGCUGAAAGUUCUGGUAAAGGCAUAGCCUUUGAAAACAAUAGCAUAUACCUUGAGACACCGUUUAAGAGGAGAACAGAAUCUCCUUCACCAUGGAAAUCACCCUGGUUCAUGAACAAUUUUGUGCCAGGCCCAAGAGUCGACACAGAUAUAUCAAUUGAGGAUAUUGGCUACUUUUUAAGCCCAGGGAACCAAAGCUACGAUGCCAUUGGUUUAAUGAAACAAUUAGGAGAACAAACUGCCGGUGCAUUUGCGGAUGCUCAGGUUGUUUUGGGAGAUGAAACUCCAGAAACAUUAUCUAAAAUCAAAUGCUCCAUCAAUCCAAACUCUCAGACAGAACAUGAUCCUCUUUCGGCUUCAAUUUCCAUGGCAGAGAGGCGCACCCUCGAUUUUAGCGAAUGUGUAACACCAGCAAAGGAAACUGGAAAGUUCUCAAGCGGCAUUAGUUUCGCAAGUCCGUCUUCUUAUCUGCUCAAGGGUUUCAGAUAGAAGGUACUGCGGUUAAGGCGUACUGUAGUUUAUACUAAUACAAAUCUUCGUCAUUUUAUCUAUUAUACAUACUCUUCUGUAAAAAGGGUGAUUUAUUAUAUCAAAUACUAUUUUCAUUAUUUGUUGAUCAAUGACUAUGAAAUUUA